AUGUCUACUGCAUCUGCCACAAACACUUCAUCCCUUCCUAUCUUUAAUCCUUCUUCCAGCAUUAAUGUUACUAAACUUACUCGCACAAAUUAUCCCAUAUGGAAAGCGCAAAUACUUCCUUACCUAAAAGGCCAAGAAGUCUUCGGUUAUGUCGAUGGAACAAUUAAAGCACCACCUGCAACUCUUACUGUCAAUGGCACCUCAACUCCAAAUCCCGAAUUCACUCUCUGGACCAAACAAGAUAAUCUAAUUCUUAGCACUAUUAAUUCUUCUCUCACCGAAGAAGUUCUUGCCCAAGUUUAUCAAUCUGAAACCUCCCAUGCCAUUUGGCUUGCACUUCAAACAUGUUUUGCUUCUCAAUCUAGAGCCAAAGUUGUCCAAGUUCGGUCUCAAUUAGCUACAUCUCGCAAAGGUCAUCUCUCUGCUACAGAUUACUUCGUGCAAAUCAAGAAAAUCGCAGAUCAACUAUCUAUGGCUGGCCAGGCACUCACUUCGGAUGAUAUAAUCACUUAUAUCUUGGCUGGUCUUGGACCGGAGUUUGUUGUAGCUAGAGAUUAG